UGUGAAUUCAAUGGGGAAAAAUGCUGCUACCACUUCUCUCAAACUGGCUCCUAUCCCUGUUUUUUUCUGUUUGCCGUAGGUGAACUGCUCCUGCUUUCAGGCGUGAUUGUUCUACUCCAGGUGGCACACAGCUGCCCAGACAAGUGCCACUGUCACACAUCCUCAGACUUUGUAGACUGCAGUCAGCAGGAUCUGGCUGAAAUCCCUUCAGAUUUACCUCCUCAGACUCGAACGCUUCACUUACAAGACAACCAGAUACAUCAGCUUCCUGCUUUUGCAUUUAGGUCAGUGCCAUGGCUCAUGACCUUAAACUUGUCCAACAACUCCCUUUCGAGUCUGGCCCCUCAAGCUUUCGAUGGACUUCAGCACUUGCAGGUUUUAAAUUUAAGCCAGAAUGCUUUGCCUUCCCUGGAAAGCAGACUUUUCCAUUCCCUCUCCCAGCUGAGGGAGCUUGAUUUAUCAUCAAACAACAUAAGCCACCUUCCCACAUCCCUGGGCAAGCCUUGGGAGAACCUAACCAUAUUUGCAGUUCAGCAAAAUCAGCUUCAACAGCUUGAUGGAGCUCUCCUAGAAUCCAUGCCCCGUGUGAGGCUUUUAUUUCUCAAGGACAAUCUCUGGAAAUGCAAUUGCCACUUGCGUGGUCUUAAACUCUGGCUGGAGAAAUUUAUCUAUAAAGGGGGAAUAACGGACAGCGUCAUCUGUAGGUCGCCGGACACCUGGAAGGGAAAGGACCUCCUCAAAAUCCCCCAUGAGCUGUACCGGCCCUGCCCUCCUCCUGCGCCCGACGCCGGGUCCCCGCACACUCAGCAGCCCAGCUCUGCCCACGGGGUGGUCCCGAGGUCGCCCGAGAACCACAGCUCAGGGGGACGAGACCCCCUGGGGUGUGAGUUCAAGCCCAAGCCGAGGCCGGCGAACCUCCGUCACGCCAUCGGCACCGUCAUCAUCACUGGGGUUGCAUGCGGGGUCCUGUGUCUCAUGAUGCUGGCGGCUGCCGUCUACGGCUGCACCUACGCGGCCAUCACAGCCCAGUGCCCCGGGCGCAGCGCCGCCCGCGCCGGUGAGCCUGGGAAGACAGACAGAAAAGAGCUCUGCGACGGCUCGCCAGCCUGAGAGCUUUCACCUCAAGUAGAAUCGAUCACUAUAGGCCAGAAAGGGUCUGAGUAGGGCUGAUGUGUUUGCUGUUACUGUCACAUUUGCUUUUCCAAAAGAAAAAAGAAGAAAAGACAUGUCUGUAAAAAAAUACUCCUGGGAAUAAAUUUAUGUUGAGAUUUUUAAGAUAUCAUGGAUGAAAUAGAGACGAUACCUGUGCUCUGGGCCUGAGGAGUUGCUGCGAUGAUUCUCUGUAGGUGAAGACCACACUCAGAGACGGGAGAGAUACCUCCUCUUUCAGGUAGUCUUCCCUGGAUUAAGUUGCUUUCACAGAGCAACGGAGAUUCAAACGCACACGCCAGUCAGCAUUCCUGGGAGCUGUACGGUCCACUGGAAAGCUGCCCAAUUUUGAGUGCCUGGGAAGAGGCUGGUGAUCUCACCCGAGGGGCACUGAAUGCCUCUCUAAUUCAAGUCCAUGCUAGAUCGGUGAUACUUCUAGAUGUUGUGUAUGUUAUAUAUUUAAUGGGAGCAUCUGUUGGUUGGGGAUUUUGUUGCUUGCCACAAGAGUCAGAUUAUAUUUAAUUUUCUAAAUCAGAAAACCAUUUGGGGCUUUCUGAGCCGCAGAGGAAGAGGAGGGUUCCAUGUCUGGAUAAUGGGAUUCAGGCCCAGAGUCUGGGGAAGUUUUCUGAUACAAGGGUAAAUAACACAUAAACAAACACAAAGAGGAUGGGGAGCCGGAAUUCGGGGCAGAUAUUACCAAAAGGCCAUAUCCACCGAGGGAUUGGAAACUUCCAUUUAUAACUCUCACAGCAGGAACGAAUUUAGGCUGGGCUAAGAGCAAGAUAAUGACUUUUGUGUAUCUAUAUCUACAGACACAGCGCACAGAGUGCGUAGACUUGUACAACCACACCCACACAUAAACAUCCUUGGAGCAAUCAGUUCACCCACUAAUGAAACGCAGCCGUGUCAGGGUGCAAGCCAGCAGCUGCUGACCACCACCCAGAUUGUCUACUCAACACUCUGGGAUAGGAAGAAAGAAGAAGGAAGACCAAAGAGAGCGGGAAUUACCCAGAGACUCGAGAUAGGUGGUGGCAGCCAUCCUGAACAUUAUUUAGGCCGUGGUUUAAAAAAAAUCAGGUGUGGCUGGCUUUACUCCACAGACAUGGUCUUAAAGAGUUGCAUGCAAAGUGAAUUUUUGUAAAUUGAAUCAUCAUUUUAAUGCAGUAGGGGAGCUGGCUAUUUAAAGGAACCUUUCAUGGAAUCUUUCUGUAAUGAAAAUAAUUGGAUCCAGAUUUAUGCAUUUUGUAAAUUGGCAUUUUCUCAUACUAGGUUUUCUUAAAGUAGAAUCUACCUGUUCUCUCUUAUAUGCCCCACCUCAUACUUAGUCACCUGUUAGUAUUAAAAUCAUUUUACAGAGGAGGAGAACACAGAAGAGUUAUGGACAUAUUAAAAACACAGCAUGGCAAAUAUAGGGCAAGCUGUCCAUCCAGAGGCCAUGACAGACAUCGCUAAUCAAUCCCAGCACUCCUCCCAGCUGAGCAACACAGAUGCCUUCUUAAGAGAACACUGUAGGCAACCAGAACUAAUCAAUUGGAGUUGGUUCAAAGGAUAAAGCACAUUUGCCAUUCAGGAUACUGGCUCUAUAUACACUUCUUCAGGCCAUGUAAAAAGUGGUUUGGAUCCUAAAUCAGUAGUCCAUUCUCUAACUAGAAUGUGAAUGGAAAGUUCACGUAUAUCGGACAGAUGCAACCUAAGCCUUGCCCCACAGUGUAGAGAGGCCAUAGGGAAACAGACAGAUGAACCGCUCACACCCUACUGUGCAGGGCUCACCCCAAUGCACCUCCAGUCACCACAGAGGCAGUCUACACCUGCCCACAGUGCUUCACAAUUAGCGUGGGCUCCACACACCCACAGGCUCAAGGUGGUCCACCGUUUUGGAGCAGCAAUUUUACUAGAUUUUUCUGGGGUGGGGAGAAGUUUAAAUUUUGAUGGUAAGUUUUUUUCUGAAUAUUAAAAUAAACCCCAACACAUUACAGUGCAGACCAUGAGGAGACCCGGGGAAAGCCUGCCGCUGCAUCGGCUCUGUCCAGGCCUUGGCACCCCCCGUUGCUCUGUCCCCUGGGCCACUCCAGUGGGCAAGGCUGAGCAUCCUGCUGUAAGGGCAAAGCAAUGACUUUCCUGGUGAAAAGAACAUCUUUCCUUCCAUUGCCCUGGACUGAGAAUUCUUGGCCCAAAAUGCAACAUGAGAAAGAAGAUCUAGAUCUUUUUAUACCUCACACCAAUUUCACCAAAUGUUUCCUGAGCCUGCACGGUGUGCCAGGAAUGGUGCAUGGUGUCCUCGUGAGCAUUCACCGUGUGGCCUGACACCGUCCGCGCGGGAUGCUUGAGUAGGUAUCACGUUAGCUGGGAACGACUGAGGCCAAGAACGUGUGCUUCCUGGCUGUGGUGAUUUAAGACUGCAAGUGCACUGUGUCCUGCCUGAGGUUUGGUGACAGUGGAGGUCAACCCUGUCCCCCUGCCCACAGGGAUUACAUGAGAAAGUUUCCAAUACACCACAGAAAAGAAACCCUGAACACGACUAGAAUCCUCGCGGGUCAACACCCAUGUCCUCUUAGAUUUCUAAGCACAGAUGAUAACUCAGACAAUACACUUCCUACUUUAUGGGUAGUCUUUAAGGAAAAUGAUUAAAAUGAUGCAUCCGUAUAUUCAGAUUUCUAUUUGUUGCCUACAGUCACCACAAACAGCAGUUGGCACUGAAAAUAAUUACUUAGCCUGAAAUGUCAAAAGCUUCUCAGCACAGAAAAAUACAUAAAUCAAAUUGUUUAGAUUAACAAAUGCAGAGUUAUCAUUUGUUAAUAUGAGAAAUGAAAUGUUUUAACAGUAAAAAAGCAUUACAGAUGAAAGACCAAAUUUGCAGGGUAUUCUGUGAGAACCACAAAUUAUCUUUCACAACCACUACAGCACAUGAGGGGUAAUUUGCAAACGCCUCAUAGAUUAUUUUCAGCUGUUUAUUGCUGCUGUCGUAUUCAUAGAUUCCCUCGUAAAAAUGUCUUCUCUCGCAGAGCCUUGCUGAGGGUACACUGUGAACGCAAAUCACACCGGGUGCUGAUUGUCUCUGAGCAAACCAUCUAAAAUAGAGCUAGUCCUUUCACCGUAUUCAGUGGGACGGUCUGAGUACAGACUGCUGCCCUUUGCUUUGCCAGAGACCACAAGCUCGCAGGCAGGCGCGGUAGCCGGCCGCAGCGCAGCACGCACAGAGAGAGAACGAAGAAUGUACGCCGCCAUAGGGAUUUUGUUGAAAGAAGAUCUAGAAUCUAAUCUAUAUCUGAAAAGCUUUUACAAUUAAGGCAAAUAUCCCUGACCAUGUAGGAAGAAUCUUACAGAAUUAUAAAAUGCCAAUGGAUAACUGGGUGCUUUAUUUUUCCAUUUUUUCCUUACAGAGACUAACCGGUGAUUCACAUGUGGAUUUUUUCCUAAAGGUUCAUGAAAAUCAAAUCUCAUUGCUCAAGUUAACCAAGUACCCCUGAAACGUCUUUGUCUUAGAUCCUAAAUAUCAAAGGAAGUAGCUAAAUCAACUUCUAAAUUAAUCUAUCUGUAGCACACAUUCAUAUAAUUAAACAAUAACCAUUAGAAACCUGUAACUAAACUUUCUAUUACAGGUCGGGGUAUUACUGUUUCUAGUUUGGUAAAACCCAUCAGUGUAUCCAUUGCUAAAUGCUACUGACAGAAACCUACCAACAAUGACAUUCCAACCUUACAUGGCGUUGCUGGGCUAUGGUUUACAUGCACAACUUCAGGGAACCAUCCUGUUUGCCCUUUUAAUGAAAAUGUUUUUUUAAAUUAAAAAUUGCAAUGUGGUCUUAAAGGAACCCCUGCCCCAUUCAGAGAAGCAGCUUCAUAAUAUACUACUCCUCUUUUAGCUUUUUUUUUCAUUUUUAUUUGUGUAUUUUUAUUGACAUGUAAUAUCUUUUAGAUUCUUGAUUGGACUAUGCAUGCCUGCUUUUUACCCCAACAAUACCUAAUAUUCAUUUGGAUGGACAGGAUGUCACUGGGUUACAAAAGCCCAUCAACAAAAUCCAGAAAAAGAAUCAGAGGACUGGCGAACGCGGAAGGGGCUUGGCGAGCAUUUAGUCUGGGCCUGGAAAAUUUCAGAGCAGCUGCCGUCAGCCUCUCUAUUCACUGCAGACUUUGCUAAUAGAUCAUGGCAAACUUAUCUGCUUAGCCCAGACAAGGCCUCAGAAUUUUUUAAGAAUCUGUUUUCCCACUACUGAUCAACUGGAGUUGACAUAAGAGAUUAAACCCAUUUGCUACCCUGAUAUAGUUCUGUGUUCUUUAUUUACAGAUAGGAAAUAGAAGCAUGGAAAAGGAAAGAAACUUUCUAAAAGUUGUGCACAUAAUUAAUUUCAGGCUUGAUAAAUGUGGUUGUAGGAGCAUCAAGUUAGCAUGCAUAACACAACCUGACCUUCCCUAUUCUUCAUUCAUUCUGCAGUGAGCCACAGUAUCAAGACUAGGAUAUUAUUAUACUAAUUAUUUGGAUAAAGACAAUUAUAGCACCACUAUCAGCAUAUAUUGAGUAUCCAAUUUUGUGCCAUGUAUUUUCCAAGCAUAAUACUUACUUUUCUCUAAGCCUCAUAAUGACAAAAAACAUGUGAGUAUUGUACUACCACAUUAUAGAUAAGAGACAUGAUCAGAGAGCUUGGGUCACGUGCUCAAGGUCACACCACUAGUAAAUGGCAGAGUAGGAAUCUGCAUGCAAGUCUUCCCAAGGCCAAAACCUUGGCACUUUUCAGAAUGUGACAUGUUCAAAGAAGUCAGAAUUGGAAUCCUUUCCUGGCACUGCCAGCACUUGCCUUGAAAUACGGCAGGUAAUAGGAGCCCAACCACCCAACAAUGUGUCACUGCUGGAGCUCUGGUCCCAUCAAAAACAGGGGGACAGCUGAAGCAGCCAAGGUAAAACGGUAGAGUGAGGUUCCUUUCAUUACCUAUGACUGUGCUGGGCUGGAAAGGGCAGGUCAACAAACUCAGUCACACUCUCUUGCAAUUAUUUGAGAAAAUGACAAAAUUAAACUCCAGAUUAAGAUGCUAGCUAUUAGUUGUAUUUCCUCUUGAAAUACUCAUUAAUAUGCAGAAGAGGAAAAGAAUGAUCAGGACCCUAGGAAUUGUGAAUACUGCCCCAAGAUGCGCCAGUCUCUAGGAGGAGCAUCGGCUAUCCAAGGCAGAGACGUGCCUUGACACUGUGGGCAGGCCACGAAGAAGAAAGCAGUAGUCUACCUGCUGACCCUCAUGCUGGCAUUCCUUCCUCUGAGACAGUGGGUUUAAACAAUAAUAAAGAAACCACACUUUCCUGUCACUGUCUUCACCCAUUAGAGACAAACACUCUCAGUAAUGCAGCAUUUGGUAGGUUGAAAAAUGGAAGGGAAGGCAGUGAGUACAAUCUAGGGACUACAGUUUACCUACUGUUUCUUGUGGGGAAUGAAAGCAGCAGACGAGUUUACUUUUUUCGUCCAGGUUAAGCCAUCAGCAGGCAGCAGGAAGCGGCAUCUCCUUACCAGUCCCGCAACACCCCACUGGAUGGCAGACGUCAGGCACUGGACACUUGUCUGGUCCCUUGUGUACCAACUAGCCUUCCAUCUUAGUCCCUCCAAGGAGUACCCUAAAGUCAACAGCAGGGCCACUCGAGGUGUGCAUGAAGAACAAUGCGGAGGCUGUGGCUGAGUGGGAGAGUAGGAGCUGAGGGUAGCCAGGGGUCAAAUCAUGCCGGGCCCUGUCUAUGAGUGGUGGCGGGCAGCUCUCAAGAUGAUGUCCAGUGAUCCCCACCCGCUGGUGCUCUUGCCUUCUCCUUGGUGGUGGGCUGGGCCCAGUGACUCGCUCCUAGCAAACAAAACAUAGCCAAACGGAUAGGACAUCCUUCCAAGAUUAAGUUACAACAAAACUCCGGCUUCUAUCUCACACACUCUCUCUUGCUCAUUCUGACAGGAGUCAACUAGCACAUGGUGAGCCGCCCUGGGCAGGAAAUAAGGGAUGUAUGGGUAGGAAAUACCCAUGGGUAUUUUGGCAUAAUUUGUUACACAGCAACAGAUAGUGAAUACAUGCGCC